CCCUCCCUUACCGCAGUCUUUCUGAAUUACGUAUUAUAUGGGCGUGGCAGAACUGUGUAUAUAAGGUCGUGCUCAGUUCUUGUUGCGCAGUCUGUAUUCUUGUUUUCUGUUCGUUGAGAUACCGGAUUAAAGUUCGACAUGUCUGCUUCUGAUGAAGGAAAACUUUUUAUUGGUGGUCUGAGCUUUGACACCAACGAACAAAACUUGGAGACAGUGUUUUGCAAAUACGGAGAAAUCCAAGAGGUGGUGGUCGUUAAGGAUCGUGAGACUAAGAGAUCAAGAGGGUUUGGCUUUGUUACCUUUCAAAAUCCAGAGGAUGCUAAAGAUGCCAUGGCGGCAAUGAAUGGCAAGUCUGUUGAUGGACGUCAGAUCCGUGUUGAUCAGGCAGGCAAGUCUUCUGGAGACAGAAGGGGAGGUUACCGAGGAGGUUCAUCUGGUGGCAGAGGAUUCUUCCGUGGAGGCAGAGGUCGUGGUGGUGGAGACAGAGGUUAUGGUGGCAGAUUUGACAGUGGCAGCAGAAGUGGAGGAUAUGGUGGCAGCAGCGGCUCAAGGGAUUAUUAUGGAAGUAGCAGGAGUCAAGGAGGCUAUGGUGACCGAUCUGGAGGAUCCUACAGAGACAGCUAUGACAGUUAUACAAACGAGUAAAAUCCAUUCCUGACUCAAGAUCGUCCUUCCAUUGGCUGUAUUUAUAAAGAUUUUUGGAGCUUCGCAGAAACAUUAUGUAGUACAUCUCCUUGUGUUCAUUUUUUUUUUUUUUUUAAACUGUCUCGCUUAAGCCUGACACUGACCUGUAAUGACAAUUUUUAUUUUUCCUUUCAUACUGUCUUGGUGUGAUCAUAACAUGUCACAUCCUGUUCUAAAAUUGGGGAAUACUCCAUGUUCUAUGUAAAGUGCAUUGUAGGGGAGCUGGAUCCCUUUCCCACAUGGGUACUGUUCAAGCUUUGAAGCAUGAGUCAGACCUGUUCGUGCUCAUGUAUCUAUACAAGCACUCAACUUUGUUCAUGUAUAUAGACUUUGGGGUCAGCAGCCCUGUUUCUUUUGAAUGAUUCUUUAGUAUAUCAAAGUGGGGUACAGCUCAGGUGCACUGUAUAUAGUGGCUAGCCUCCUUGGUAUAUCUAAAGAAUUUCCUGUUCAGAAAAUGAAGUUCUUGAAAAUGUUUAUAAUUUUUGUAUUUUUUUUUUUUUUAACUUUAAAAUUGAGAAUGUAUGAAGUGUUUAAGGAUCUCUUGUAUUAUACUUUCCUUUGGCUUCACGAAGCCUAUUAAAAGACCAUCUGAAAAGAA